GUGAGGGGUGGGAGGAGGCAGGAAGGUGCUUCUACUCCGGGCUCAGAGAACUUGUGUGGCAGUGAACUGUAGUUUGGUUUGUCCGUCGUAUAUAAACUAGCAAAUGUGAAGGAUAUUUUUAGGACGGGAAAGGAGUUGUGCCGGCAGUCUUGCGAUGCGGCGCUAUAUGCGCGUGCGCUUCGUGUGCUUACUGCUCGGUUUCGGCUCGGUGUUCUAUGUCUUCAUUCAACUAGCCGCUUCACUGGAUUCGCAGAACGGAUGGGUGUCGAAGAAAUCGCAACACAGAAGUACUUUACUGACUGGGGAGAAUGUCGUAGGUAGAGCGGCGGCAAGUAAAGGCCCGGCGAACCAGCAUCGGAACAGCAGGUGUAUGAAUUUGUCAGUGUCUUUCUGGAAUCCCUAUUGGAGGCUGCCCUCUGGUGUUUGUGGAUUGAACUGCUUUUGGGAAUCUGCUUUUAGAUUCAUCAUAAGACGUCCUAACUCAUCAGAUUCUGUGAAAGAGCUAGCUGAAGCAAUGCACCUAGCCGUUGUUGCAUGUGGAGACAGGCUAGAGGAAACAAUGACAAUGAUCAAGUCUGCAGUGAUAUUUAGCAUAAAGUUUCUUGAAUUUCACAUAUUUGCUGAACAUGAACUUCACCUUAAAUUUCAAGAAACACUUAAUACUUGGCCCUUGCAAUAUCAUUCAAAGUUUAAUUACAAAUUAUAUAAUAUAACAUUUCCUAGUGAGAAUGCUGCUGAAUGGAAGAAGCUGUUUAAACCAUGUGCAUCCCAAAGACUUUUUCUACCCAUCAUUCUUAAAGAUGUGGAUUCUUUGCUGUAUGUAGACACAGAUAUUUUGUUCCUACAACCUGUGGAUGAAAUCUGGUCUUUUCUCAAGGAAUUCAAUUCCACCCAGAUUGCUGCAAUGGCACCAGAACAUGAAGAACCUCGCAUAGGGUGGUAUAAUCGUUUUGCAAGGCAUCCAUAUUAUGGUAAAACUGGAAUAAACUCUGGAGUCAUGUUAAUGAACAUGACACGUAUACGUGAAAAAUAUUUUAAGAAUGAUAUGACCACUGCACGACUAAAAUGGGAAGAGAUUCUUAUGCCUUUACUUAAAAAGUAUAAGCUGAAUAUAACUUGGGGAGAUCAAGACUUGUUAAAUAUAAUAUUCCAUUAUAAUCCUGAGAGCCUUUUUAUAUUUCCCUGCCACUGGAAUUAUCGUCCUGAUCAUUGCAUUUAUGGAAGUAAUUGCAAAACAGCAGAAGAAAAAGGGAUUUUCAUUCUUCAUGGAAAUCGUGGGGUAUAUCAUGACGAAAAACAGCCUGCAUUCAGAGCUGUUUAUGAGGCUAUAGUAAAAUACAAAUUUGGAGACGACCCAUUUCAUUUUCUUUUGUACCCUUUGGAAAAUAAUUUGCUGCAAACAACACACACCUAUUGUGGGAGAGUGCAAAACUUGUUUACAAAGCAGCUGCAAAAAAGUAUUCAAAAAAUUCAAGAUACUAUUCCUAGAGUAAGGUGAUAUUUACUUGUUUUCAGGAAUGUCAGUGCUGUCUUGAAAAAAAAAAACCUUCAAACCAAGAUGUAAAAUGAACUAUAGACCUCAACUAAAGUCCUCCUGAAGAUGACCAAGCAGUAAUAAACCAGCAGAUAUGUAAGGAAAAUGUGUAUUUGCUACAUGAAGCUGUGAAUGUAACAAAUGUCAAUUUGUAAACGCACUAAUCUUGCUUUGCUGCUGGAAAACGCUAAUGUUUACAAUAUUUGAGGUCUUAUUCAAAAGCAGCUAGGAGUUGGUAAGUUUUUAAACAGUUGACAAUCUGCACAUUAAUAAUGUAUGUGUGUAAGUGUUUUGACAAUCAUUGUUUGUUUAAAAAUAAAUAGCAAAAAUAACAGGAAGUAGGAAAAAAUACUUCUGCAGUAAUUCAUUUAGAGUAUACAGCAUUAUAGUCAGUUCGUACUGAAGCUUCAUCCAGAUACAGUACAUUCCUUUUUGACAUACAAACAAAAUUGUAAUGGUUUGCAAUGCUGAAAUGGGGAAGGUAAUAUUUAGCACAUUUAUAUUUAGUCUUUUUUCCAGCAAUAUUCAUAUAUGCUUGAAUUGUAUUUUUUGUCACUCUUAAUGUGAAGUUAUUAUUUUAAUUGGAGUAUUUUGUAGGUUUUAAAUACAUUGGAAAUCUGACUUUUAAUUUUUUUUUAUGUCUUGCAACCAGUUAAAAAUAACCCUAACGAGUCUGAUUAACAUUUUCAGUGUUUAUGAUUGUUUGCAGUAAAUUUAACUUGCUGCUAGUUAAACACCAAAUUUCCUAGUAUUGACCAUCUUUCACAGAUUACCAAUUUAGGAGUGUGACCCUGUUAUAUUCUAUAAUAUACAGUGGUACCUUGAGAUACGAGUUGAAUUUGUUCCAUGACCGGGCUCAUAAGUAAAAAUGCUCGUAUCUCAAAUCAGUUUUCCCCAUUGAAAUGAGAUUAAUUCGUGCCAG